ACAAAAUGGCCGCGUCAGCUUCGGGAAAUGUUACCUCCAAUUGGAUCAAAUUCUUCACCGCUGCCAGCAUCCCACCAAGUGAUGCUGCAAAUUAUGCUAUAAUUUUCACCGACAAUAGAAUCCAGAAAGACAUGCUCCUUGAUCUCAACAAGGAAUACCUCAACGACAUGGGGAUAGCUGUCAUGGGGGAUAUCAUUGCAAUACUGAAACAUGCCAAGGCAGUUCAUAGCCAAGAAGCAAGGGAGAAGGCUUUAAAGGAAACUGUGUCAGCGAGCACACCAUCUGUCACACCUUCUCCGAGAAGAUCAACUCCUGCGAGUCGGAUAGUUGAUCAUUAUCUGGGUAAUGAUCCAAAUGCAGCACCCAUGAAUGAACCACCACCAGGCCCAAAACUUUCAAAGGAAAUGGCAUCAAGACUGGGACCAGCCCCUGGUAAGAAUAUACACUUCAACACUACAAGAGUUUUUCCUGCUGGCGGUGGAGGGUCUGGACGAUCAACCCCAACACUAUCAAAGUCAGCACUCCAAGCCAAGAAACUGGGAGAAGGAAAAUAUAAAGUGUCCAUGCCGAAAGGGACAACAACAAAAACAAGAAAAAUUCUUGAAGACAAGGCUUUAGUUGAAGUUCCUGAUGUGUCGAAGUCAUCUGUGUUUACCCGACUUGGUGACGAUUCUGGAGAAACGAAAUUCAUGGUUACUGGCUUGGCCUCUUCUUCUACUUCAUCUGGGAGUUCAUCAGUUUUUAACCGUCUUGGUGGUAAAACUGUAAAAAGAGCAGCUACAUCUACUUCACCUGACUCUGAUGAAGAUGAUACAUAUAGAGAAAGUGCUUUGGAAUAUGCUGGAGUACUCAAAUCACCGAUAAAGAAACAGAAAGUUCAAAGACAAUUACCUCCAAAAAAGGCCAUCACAAUUACCAAGAAUAUGCCAACAAGAACAAUACCCCAAGCUGUAAAAAAGACAGUCACAAUUAAGGUCCCGGAACCGAGGGUUCCUGUGCCAACAGAAGGUAUCUUCCACCGCGACGGUGUGCGGACAGAAGGUAUUUUCGGACGUGAUGGGGAAGUAACUAAAGUCAGCAUCCUUAAGCGGUUAGGGAAAGAUCUCCAAGUAGCAUCUGCAUCCUCCACCACUCCUUCUGUCCGCUCCUCUGCCAAAGCUGCUGUCAAAACUGCCGCCGCCAAAUCUUCAAUGAAAGCCAGGCUCGGCCCAUCACCAAUGGAAGUCUCAACAAGUGAAAAGCCAAGUAAGAAGACUGCUGGAGGAAGUGUUUUCAGUCGACUAGGUUCCCGGGACUGAUUCAGCAGGAAUUGGACUUGUAAUCUCAAUGAAAAAAGGACUGUUUGCUCACUGACACUCGAGACUGAUAAUCCUUUUUGAUGGUGGAGGUUUUGCUGCAGCAAAAUAUUAUCAGAGAUUAGAAGAAUUCCAACUUUGAAAUAAAAUUCAUCUUUGAAGGGCAUCCAUUGCAUUAUUGAACUGAUUUUGUGAAGUUUUAGAAAUGUGUUUUAUCAUCCCAUCAGACACCAUUGCUAGGUUGCAAGUGUUGUGAGAUAAGGAGUGAGAUUACGCAGCUCUACUCUACUCUUCCUGUACGUACAUUGUAGUUAUUCGAUCAAAGUGAGAUACAUGUAUUUCCAUCUGGUAUUUGUGCUCAUCGAUCGUGUCUUCCAAUCAUAUCUUCCAAAUUACAUUACAUUGUACAUCAUUGUAUAUGACACUAUGAAAGAAAAGAAGAAAAAAAUUCAAUUUGAGUCUGUUCAGAACUGAGAACAGAAUACUUUGUUGGCAUCGGUUUGUCUUGUUAAUAACUCAGUGCUACAUUUAAAACAUUUUUUUGACAAAGUAAGAAUUUCAUUCUUUAUCACAACAUGACUUGAAGGGCUA